UUUUGGCACUGCCAAUGUAGACUACUUCUAUUUUAAAUAAAACAAAAAUACCCAGUUCACAUGCUCAUGAAACUAAAGAUGGUGCUUUGCAUUUAAUAUAGACAGGUUUAAGUCCUCCUGACAAUGCUAUAAUGCAAUGCACCUCUUCACUCUAGUCUCUACAGUGAUCUUAAGUGAAAAUUUUUAUUACAGCUAUGCUCAGCUUACAACAAGGUUAGUACCACAGUAUGGCUAAUUCAUUGGGCUAUGUAAGACAGACAGAUGACAAAGAAUUAUCCCUUUAGUAAAGCAGCAAAUAAACGCUGAUACUGACACUGUUCCUUUUCUCUUCUCCCUACGCUCUGAAAUUUUAAGUGUCUGUUUCCAUCUGACCUUCUAUCCACAUACAGUAUCUACUCCUUCACUGCGCACGCUUCUGCAGAUCGUGGAGAGCUGUCUGUUGACGCAUUGAUGUUGGCCAAUCACACACCAUAUAUCCAAGGCGCAGGACCAGACUGGCCAAUAAGAGAGCAGCAUGGGGCGGGAUGCGUCCAGCACAAUCACACCUCUACAUAUAGAAAAUCAGUGGUGGUGGAGAGCAGUAGCGCGACAGAACCGCAGGACAAGCAAAGGGCGAUACAGACAGACACCCGAAGGCUGCGCGAGGAAGAGUGUCUGUAGCAUUAAUGCUGAUAUGAACGUGCCAAUCUGACGUGCCAUCUCCAGACACUGUCCCGUUCUCCAACAGGUCCACCGUAACCGCAGGCAUGUCGACGGCAGACGGAGCUGAUCAGCGAGAGGAAGGGGAGUACGGAAGGGCUGCAAAGCGGCUGAAAACGGAGGAGAGAGAGACAGAGGCGGAGGAGAGAGAGGAGGGAGAAGAAGAACUGGAGGAGGGGGAGGAUUCGGACUCCGGCUCGCUGCCCGGCAGCGGAGAAUCUAAGGCGGACAACCGGGCCCGGUGGAGCGGCAACGAAUACGGAGCAGGACGGAGGGAUAACGGUGAAGACUCCCAUCGUAUCUCUCCCAGUCCUGUGGUCCACGUUAGGGGUCUUUGUGAAGCUGUGGUGGAAGCAGACCUGAUAGAUGCCCUGGAGAAGUUUGGACCCAUAUGUUAUGUGAUGAUGAUGCCAUUCAAACGUCAGGCGCUGGUAGAGUUCUCUGCAGUGGAGAGCGCUGACCGCUGUGUGUCCUGUGGAGCCAAGGAGCCUGUAUAUAUCGCAGGGCAACAGGCAUACUUUAAUUAUUCCACAUCCAAGAGGAUCACGAGGCCAACCCACGCCGACAACCCCAACAGUGGCAACAAGGUCCUCCUGCUGUCCAUACAGAACCCCCUCUACCCUAUAACCACGGAUGUUCUGUAUACAGUGUGUAACCCUAUCGGCAGUGUGCUGAGGAUCGUCAUCUUUAAACGAAAUGGCAUCCAGGCCAUGGUGGAGUUUGAGUCGGUUCAGUGUGCUCAGAAGGCCAAAGCGGCUCUGAAUGGAGCUGACAUCUAUGCUGGUUGCUGUACACUCAAGAUCGAAUAUGCAAGGCCAACUCGUCUGAACGUGAUUAAGAACGACAAUGAGAGCUGGGACUACACUAAACCAUACCUGGUCAGACGAGACCGUGGAAAGGGAAGGCAAAGACAGGCCAUUUUAGGAGAACACCCAUCAUCCUACAGUGAGAAUGGUAACGGUUCACCCUGUCCUCUGCUGCCUCUGCCUGGCAACAGCAGGUACAAGCUCACCUCAGUGGAUGCUCCAGACAUGGUGUCCUACCCUCUGCCUCAGUCAUCUUCCUCAUACUCUGGCCACGCCCCUAGCUCUGUUGCCAUGGUGAGCGGCCUCCAUCCUUCCAAGAUGAACUGCACCCGCAUCUUCAACCUCUUCUGCCUUUAUGGCAACAUUGAGAAGGUGAAGUUUAUGAAGAGUGUUCCUGGUACAGCUUUGGUUGAGAUGGGAGAUGAGUAUGCUGUGGACAGAGCCAUCACACACCUCAACAGUAUCAAGGUGUUUGGCAAGAGACUCAACGUCUGUGUGUCUAAGCAGCAUGCGGUGAUCCCCAGUCAGGUCUUUGAGUUAGAGGAUGGGAGCAGCAGCUAUAAGGACUUUGCCAUGACCAGGAACAACCGCUUCAGCAGCGCCGGACAGGUGUCCAAAAAUAUCAUCCAGCCUCCAUCUGCAGUGCUGCACUAUUACAAUGUUCCUCCAUGCAUAUCACAGGACCAUUUACUGAGGCUGUGUACCGAGCAUGAUGUACCUGGCUUUGUCAAAUUCAAGAUGUUUGAUGCCAAACCCUCCUCUAAGACCAUCUCUGGCUUGCUGGAGUUUGACAGCAAGACAGAGGCUGUGGAGGUUCUUACUGUUCUCAACCACUACCAGAUCAGGAUACCCAAUGGGUCUAACCCUUACACCCUGAAACUGUGUUUCUCCACAUCAUCUCAUCUAUAAAAAGCUGGAGACCACAAGAAGAAGUUGCUGACCAUGGUGAUGGUUGACUUCUGACCUGAGAGGGGGGCAGGGACCAUGACAGACAGACACACAGUCAAGACCUCCUCCUUCUUAAAGAUAAGAAGAAGAAGAAAAUUAAGAAGGUGGAGGGAAAAGUAUUAAGGAGAGAGAAGACACUGUCACUGUCUCCAAACUGAACAUCAGACAUAGCCAUCAUCCUACCAUCCAGUCACAGUUUCAACAAGCUGACAGGCUAGUGAUUGUUUGGAAUAUGUGUUUAUAUUGUCGUGUGUAUACAGUAAAUGUGCAUAUGUUUUUAACACAAGUUCUCAUUUAGGGAUCAUUAGUACAAAAAAGUGUUUGUGCCCUGGCAGCAGCGAGGUGUUGCUCCACUGUCUGGUCAAGCACUUAGGCCCAGAGUGAUAUCUCAGCUUCUGACCAGUUUUCUGUGGAUAUUUGUGGUUCUCAAAUGAAGGCUCUUAAGGGUUUUGGUGACCCUGUGGCGUGACCUGUACCCUAUCACCAUCAUAAGGUCAGAAUGUUCAGCCAAUACUUUGGUCUAUGACAUUGUGUCAUGGUAACUAAAUCUGAAAUUCUUUAAGUAUUCCUAGAGGAUGAACUCUAAUGUUUGUAUUAUUUGUUUUAGCCCCAUCUUCAGUUUUACCGUCAUCAUAAGAGAGUCCAAACUCUAAUGGGCAGGUUUCCAUGGAAUUUACUGAGCACAUUUGUUCUGCUCAGAGGACAACCUCUUUUUAUUUUGGAUAUUCUAUGAUCUCCCUAUUAGCACCAUCCUCAGACCAAAGUAUCAGCUUUACAUAUAAGAUACAGUAAUAUAUACAGUAAUAUACAGUACAGUACAUGUACUGUACUUUGUAGAUUGAUGAAAGUUUCCUAAUCACACUCAUGCUUCCAUGUUUGUGUGACAUUUUCAUCCCCCUAGACAGUCCCACCUCUGGUGAAGUUAUCUAUUUUUUUCUGUCUUUCAAAUUGUGAAAUGUAAUAAAAUUAUAGCCCCACAGGGUCACUGGCAGGGUUUCAACUUUGAGGUUUCUAGUCUGAUGGCAGAGGCACUAAAUAUUAGUGAUGUCAAGUUACAGUUAAUACACUGAGAACGUGGAGCUCAUGAAAAAGAAUGAGCAGCAUGGGCAGUCUGUGCACUAGCUCUUAUAACUACUGAUAUGGUUUGUCAUUUAUCUCACUUUAACAUACUGCUACUUCACAAAAGUUUUACAUUUCAUUUAGACAAAAUCUAUUGUAUCAGAUCAUAUCAAGUAUUUCAUUAUUGCAUCUUUGAUUACUGUCCAAAAUAAUGGAAUAGCACACAUUUCACAAGGUAGCCUCACAUCAGCGAGGUUACAGGUUUCCAGCUUAUUGGCCAGAUGGGGCCAUUCUCUGUGAGGUUAACAUCACGUGCCUGUGCGGGUUUCUUCCCACAGUCCGGAGUACUGUGGUUACUGCCAUCUCUACAUUUUCAUGUAGGUGUGAAUGGUUGUUUGUCUCUGGGUGUCCUCCUUGUGAUAGGUGUGUAGAUGUAGAUGUAUUUUGUGAAUCAGUCAACAUUAAAAAAUGUCCGCAGAAUAAUACAAACACACCGACAUCAGGGAGGCCCCACUAGCCGACUGAUGGCACUGACUGUAUGGCACUUCCUUUACUGCCCGAGAGAAAACACAGAGCUUCAGAGUUAUGACUUGACUGUGCCAGGUCACUGCCAUCAGGCUAGUAGCCUGGGUCUUCAUUGUGAUGAUUUAGAAACAGUGUUGGGGGUUCAGGAGGUUCCUCCACAACGCUCUGCUCUUUGUGGUGUAGCCUACAUGCCUGACUGUUGGUUUUCCACUAAAUAUAACCAAUAAAGCAUGACUUGUAUUUUAUGUGUUGAGAGGAAAAACCAUGUUAGACCGUAAUGACUUGAGAGUAGAGUUCUGCUUUCAUGUAAACACAAUCCGUGCUUGUUCAGUGUUUUGACUAAAAGUAGUGAACCUAAUGCAUCUACUUGUCAGUAUUCAAGUCUGAUCUUUAUUUGAUAUCUGCUAUUCUCAGUAUUACAGAUAAGUCCAUAGUGUAAACUAACAGAGAACAUGUUUAAAUAUAUCCACUUUAACCUCUUAAAACAGGUUCAAUGCACCUGAAAUAUCUCUAACAUAUAUGCAUUGUUUUUAAAAUGAAGUGCACAACUACUGUAAGACCAGAAUGUCAAAAUAAUCUAAUCUAAGCUAACCUCACCUCAAAACUCUGUAUAUGUCCAUUCCAUUUUAUCAUAUCUUGAAAUCAGUGUCAUGCCUGUGUAGAAAAUCUUUAUUCUCAUUUGCAAGAUAUAAAUACUAGUCUGCACAUGGAAAACUACUUGAAUUACAUAAUAUUAAAGGACAUUUUGCUUUGUCAUAUUAAACAGCAUAUUUGUUUUUUCCUUAUUUUUAAUAAUGUAAUGCCCAUACAAUUAGUUUUGUGUAUUUUGCAUAAAAUAUGUGAAUAAACAGGCUACCUAAAAUCUGGGAGAUGCAUAGGCUCCUUAUGAUAUGGAUUACCAAAUGGGCCAACUGAGCACUGGCCCAGAAGCCCGAGAAUUCAGGGAACCCCAAGGCCAGACCCUCCGCUACCAAGCUCAGUUAAAACACAAAAAACGACCACAAGGAGACACAAACCCACUUUCUUUUAGUGUACCACGAUCCAUCAGACUGGUGAAGUAAGGCAUGCUUCUGUAUAUAAUAUGUAAAUAUGAAAAUGAUGAAAAGUGUGAAAGGUUUUGACAGAUGAAUCCCGCUGAGUCUGCAGGUUCAUUAGAUAGACACAGAGGUGUGUGUAUGUCACAUAGAGAACCUAACAUCUCACCGUAUUUCUAAAGAGGUUUUAUUUAUUAAAGUGUUUGAUAAAUGAUGGCUGUUGUUACUCUGUGAGGUUUUAAUGACUGGACUGACAUUCACAGAUAUCUUAUCAUUUUGAGGCUGUAAAUGUUCAGUGUUGUUAAUAGUCUGUAAUCCCUGAUAAAAAUAAAUAAAUACAUGCAUAUAA